AUGUCUUUCCCCCCCGAUGUCAAACGCGAUGGGUUCAUCUCCGCGUGCGGUCGGUUCUACACCGAGCGCGGUCGCAUCGAGCGCGUGAAUGGCGACUCUCUGCGCGGCAUGUUCCUACCUAAACUCAGCUCAAGUGCCCAGCGAUCCCUCCGAGACCACUCCGACUUUGUCCGCGGACAGUUACAGCACUAUGGCGUGGCUUUUGACGAGCGCCAGUUCUCCGGCAACGGAACACUGCUGAUGAAGAAAGUCCUUCAGGACGGGAGAUGUGAUACAGUGCCGCCGCAUAUCCUGGACUUGGAAAAGCAGAUGUACCGUGAAUGGCUUGAUGAUUUUACACCGGAGGGGCUGUCCGGUCACCCUGAAUGGGUCAUAGAUAAAUACUUCGGAAGUGAAGCCCAGCCUGACCGCACGAUUACGACUUCUGUGGUCGGGAUUCCGUUCCCCUGGUCCAGCAGCUACCGCGUGAGCCAAAUGCAGGAGGCUGCAGAUAGAGUGACAGGGCUACAUCAUGAGACAGGGAAGGGGUCUGGUACAAAGACGGUCUACAUGGGCUGGAAUGAGGCUGCAGUGCAGAAAGCAGCCAAGGGCCAUGCAGCGAAGGAGAAAGCCGAAAUUGAGGCUGCAGACCGGGAACGAGAGAAGGAGCGGGCAAAGCUACAUGCAGACUAUUGCCGUCAGGCGCGGAAGGGGACAUCGCCCGUCGGGAGCUACAUUGUUGAUUGCGAAAUGAUCGAAGGGGGAUGGCCUGAUGUGACGGAGGAUCUAGGCCUAAAUAUCCAUGCAACUGGUGAGCCUGGCAUUUUUAAAGCGGAGUUUGACUUUGGGGUUUUGGAGGGCGUGAUGAUCAUCGGUGUCGAUAAGGCCGGACUGGAACGGUACUGUGCUCAGGAGGAUGAAUCUAGCGAAUAUGAAGACGGCUGGGACGAAGAAAGCUCCGAGGACGAUGUAGGGCAGGGCGAAAGAUCCAAGGCAGGGUCUAAGAGAAAGACAACAGCUCCUAAACGUGGCGCCGGGUCAAAGAAAUCAAAGAACACCCCGGCCCGGAAAUACUUCCUCAAGAUGAGGGGUCGCGAGACUGGUGAGGGCGAGAUCAUGGACAUUUCAGAUAAGGGUACUGUCACAUUCAAGGAUGGGAAGUUCACCAGCUUUGUGGGCGAGGCUGACAUGUCUAUUGUCGGUCAAGGGGUGACCUUUACUGCACGGAAGGUUUCUGAUACACCAGGCUCGGAUGGGAGGGAAUGGGCUGACUACUCGGACAGACAGUAUGAGAGGGAAAGAGUCGGCAGGUGGCACUGA